UUAAAGGUAAAGGAUACUACCCCAACUGGAAUUACAUGUUUAGAUGAUGCUCUUUUCAAACAAAUUAAGAAGCAUCAGGAUAAGUCACCUGAAAAGCCCAAAAAGGUCCAAGAUUAUUUUGAAAAAGAAGUCUGUAUAUGGAAAGAUAAGUCUGAAAAAUCCUGUGCUUACAAAGCGCUGGAUGAUCUUGUGGACCAGGGUAUUCUUGACAAGAAGAAGAAGUUCUUUGGAAUGAAGUAUCCUACUAUACAACCAGGUAAGUCAAUUAAGAAAUUAGCAGGCUAACAUAAAUAAUGUAAGAAUUGCAUGACAGCUAGGGGCUGCAGGACAUUAGUUCUUCAAGUGAUGAGGGUGCUGAAUAAGAAGUGUGUAGGAAACUGAUGGGAGUGGUCCUUAAGGGUAUCUCUCGGUUCAAAUGGGUCUACAUGUAGUUGUUACAUAUAAAAUAAAGAGAGGAUUAAAACACUCAGUUGUCCAGCAAAUCUGUAAAAAAGCUAAAUACAGUGUGUUUUUCACUUUUUGAGCCUGAAAUUCCUGUUAUUUAUUUAUUUGUUUUGGCUUUCCAAUAAUUGAUAUCAGCCAGCCAAUUCCCAAUGUGUGGCACUAAAGGGUAUGGUUUUUAAAGCAAACUCCUUUGGUCGUAAGAAGUGUGCUUUGCAAUCAAAAAGGGAUCAAAAUUAUGUUUUUUUAUGCGUUGAUUUUGACUCAUAUUUUGAAGCUUACUUUUAAAUUAAUCAUUUUUAGUUUACUUAUACAGAUAUCAGUACAAAUUCUUUAUUCGAAAUUAAUAGUUUAUGGGGCAUAAUUAGUGGACAUCGAUAGCUGUAGGUCAGUCAAUUAGCUCUUUAUACAACUGUACUAGGGGUUCACUGUAAGUGGUACCUGUAAACCAGGCCCCAGCUGCUCCAAAGUUGGAUAGCGCUAUCCACCUUAUAUAGCAUUUUAACUCAUGUGGACAGCAGCUAUGCAAAUUUAUUGGAUCCAAAGAAAGCGUUUACAUGAGAAAAAUAUUGAACUCCCACAGGACUUGUUUGGGAACCCAACAUGGCAGACAUGACGUCAUGUGAAAAUGCCCUAUAUAUUACAUGUAUUAAAUCACCAUCCAGUGGGUAAGUAUUUAAAAAAUCCAAUAAAAUAUUCCACUAUCCACUGAGUAGUAAUAAAGCUAUAGUAUAGCACUAUCCACCUUGUAAACAACUGGGGCCUUUUAAUACUUGGCACUCAUCUUGAAGUCAGAGUAAGUAAUGAUAAUUAUUCUAACUUCUAAAAUCCAGCCACAAGUGUUAUCCUUUCGGGGCUAGGGGUUAGUUCAAUAGUACACCUGUAAGGCCAACUUGCUCUUAUAGGGUCCUCCUCUACUCAGCCCCUGGAGCAACAGUGGCCAAGUAGGAUAUUAGGGCCCUGGGUACAAGGUUGAUCAUCAGGUAACAAGACAGUUAUUUCCAUUGGGAUCAUCAUUUUCCCUUGCAAAUGAUUGGUUCAUAAUUUAAUUGCAUUGCAUGUGACUCACACGGCAAUCUAACCCUGUAGGUAGUGUGCAAGAUGACAAAAAGUCAUUGUUGUCAUAUGAAGCUUAAAUCUCCAUCCAAUGGAUAAGGCAACAAUACGGUUUUCCAAAUACUUAUCUGGUACACCAUAGAUAUGAUUUAACUGGUUGAUAGCACUUAAUCCAACUUUUGGACAACCGGAGGAAUUAGGUCUGAGGUUCCUUUUGUUUUUUGUUUUUUUAACUGAAUUACCUGUUGCUGUUUUUGUUUUCUACUUCAUUGCCUGGGUUACUGACAAUCAUUUAUAAAGAACGUCAUGUUUUAACACAACACACAUGAAAUAGGUGUAUAAAUAAAGUGUAUUAAUUUUAACUGACAAAAAAUUAUUUGAAAAAUCAGUUUUCAUGAUUCUGCCUUUGUUUUGCAGAAAAAGAGGCUGCCUUGGUUAAAGAAAUUCGUCAAGUGGCUUUGGAAAAUGUUUCUCCAGAUGCUUAUAUAAGAGCUUUGCUGUUGAUCAUGCGUGCAGUGGAUAACUUCUACGUGCUCUCUGAUCCUCUUCUAAGGAGACAUUUCUCCAAAGAGGAAUACAAGCUAGCCAAAGAGAGAAUCAAGGACCUGGUUGGCCUUGGAAAGAAAAAAGGGGAUUGCAAAUAG